UCCACCUCCACCUCCAACAUGAACCACCACCACCAUCUCCAACCCCUCCCGUUCUUCCCCAUCUCUGAUCACUUCCCCUUCAAACCCACCGGAGCUUUGCCACAACCCAGCAACAAAUUCCCGCUGUUUCGCAGCCAUCUCUCCGCUUCUGCUUCUUCUUCCUCGUCUCCGGUUGACCCACUAGCCCUAUCUCGUGUGGAGCACGAAAGUCCGCCCGUUCUUGAAGGAAUUGCGGCCGUAGUUGGCCAGCACGUCCUCUUCGGAGGAAAUGCCGGCGCCGGCUCCGACAAGGAGGAGAAACCGGGCGGCGCAUCGGCGGCGCAGAAGAGGUACAGAGGGGUGAGGAAGAGACCGUGGGGGAGGUGGUCGGCAGAGAUAAGGGACCGCAUAGGGCGGUGCCGCCACUGGCUCGGCACCUUCGACACGGCGGAGGAGGCCGCACGGGCCUACGAUGCGGCAGCCCGGCGGCUGAGAGGCUCCAAGGCUCGCACGAACUUUGCAGUCCCGUCAAUUUUGCCGCUCCCGUCGCCGGCAUCGUCAUCGUCGUCCUUGUCGGACACAAACAACAAGAAGAAGCAGAAGAGAGCCUCGCCGGAAAGAAGCAGAAAAUGCGCCGUCGUAACCUCUCUGGAUCAGCUCUUCAGCUCAAACAGUACUUCCGCCACUAUUUCUUACACCGAACUGGACUUGAAGCUUUCAGCUGGAAGAUAACCUAGCUAGCUAGCUAGUUAGUUGAAAACCCUUCUCAAAUUUGUAUCUUCCAUAUAUAUAUAUAUAUGUAUGUAUCUAUGUUGCUGAAAACCC